CUGCAAAACAGUUUAGCCGCAGACAACGCGAUGAACACAUCCCGAUCCCUGCUUGCAAUUCUUCUGCUCGGAUUCUCCUGCCUGGAGAAUCUACAGGCGCGCUCUCUUCCGGACGGAGAACGGCAUCGGUUCGUUCGCAGACGCAUCUCGCCGGACGAUCCCGACCUGGAGAUCAUCGAGGUCAAGGAGGUGUACUAUGUGCGCAGGCCCAAGAAGGUGGUCAUUCCACUCGAAGAGGACGAGAUCGACUGGCGCAUACGCUGCGACUUCGAGCCAAAUCUUCCGGAGUGUAGGGAUUUAGUAAAGAAUGUGGCGCCCAGCAGGCCAACUACAACCACCACCACCACUACCAAGGCGCCCACAACCACCAGAAGCACCACUCGAAGAACCACCACCACUCCGGAACCACUGCUGGAUGAGUCCAUGGAGCGUAAGAUUCGCUGUGACAACGAUCCCACACGUGAGGAAUGUGCACCUUCGACCACGACUAGUACUAGAAUUCCAGAUUUAAAUGAAACUGAACCGGAACCGGAACUAGUAACUGAACCGGAACCGCAACCAGAAACUGAACCAGAAACUGAACCAGAAACAGUACCUGAACCGGAACCAGAAGAUCAGGAAGAAGAGACCGGAACUGAUUCAGAGAACGAUAUUGAAAACGAAUCCAAUCCCGAAAGUGAAAAAGAUUCAAUAACUCCACCAGAAGAAGAUGAAGUCACUGAGGAAGUCAUGGAACUGCCAGAAGACGAUGGCGAAAGCGUAGAAGAUGCCGAGGAUCAAAUGGAUCAGGAGGACGAGGCCGAUGCGGAGGACGGGUACGAUACCAACUUUAAUGACAGGGGACCGCAUUCAAUUGGAGAUCAUGAUGACGGCGACUGGAAUUAGAUCUUAAAUGGAAAAUAGCGCUUGAUAGGAUAAAUUAGAUUUUUCCAUCUGUUACCUUAAUUGGGUGUCAAUAAAAUUACAAAUUACGGCA